UUCAAAUUGCUGUGGUAUCCAUAGACAGCAACAUAACACAGCAGUUCAGUAUUCGUGGAUUGAACUUCAGCUGAAACAGUUUCUAACCCUGCAAAAUACUUAGUUGGAAAUCAGAGGUGCACUAACUACACGAUGGCAAAUGAAGCCAAGCCGUGUCCCUGUGAUAUUGGUGAUCGGAUGGAGUAUGGUGGACUCGGUCAGGAGAUCCAGAUAGAGCACAUCAAGGCUUAUGUAGUGAAACCAUCCACUGCAUCGGACAAGGCUAUCAUCGUUAUACAGGACAUCUUUGGCUGGGAGCUCCCAAACACAAGAUAUAUUGCAGACAUGCUUGCUGCUAAUGGAUACAUUGCUGUUCUUCCAGACUUCUUCGUUGGAAAGGAGCCUUGGACCCCAUCGAAUGACUGGUCCACAUUAGGGGAGUGGCUUAAAGGUAGACCCCCAACAAACACUAACAAAGAAGUGGAUGCAGUGCUGAGGUUCCUGAAGGGGCAGUGCGGGGCAAAAAACAUUGGAGUAGUGGGUUUCUGUUGGGGAGGGAUUGCCACACAUUACCUUUCCCUCAAUUAUCCCGAGAUCAAAACAGGAGUGUCGCUGUACGGGAUCAUCCGUGAUAGAGAGGACAGGUAUGGGCUGAAGUUUCCUACGCUGUUCAUCUUUGGCGGGGAUGAUUCCUACAUACCACUGGACCAGGUGAAUGUUCUUGAAGCAAAGCUGAAGGAGAAAUGCACAACAGAUUUCCAGGUUAAGAUCUUUCCUGGUCAGACACACGGCUUCGCCCACCGAAAGAAUGAGGACAUGAACCCGGAUGAUAAACCCGGCAUUAUGGAGGCCAGGGCAGACUUACUCAACUGGCUCAAGAAGUACAUGUGAAGAAGUUUCAGGUUGAAGUAAUCUUCUAUGAAUGAUGCCAGAGGAACAUGAUGCAUAUUCAGUUACGUGUCUCUUACAAUCUCGCGGGUUAAAAUCAAAAUAUAAGUGCACUUUGAAUCAAGCUAAGGGUCAUGAUUGUUGGUCAGAACUUUUCACUAUUUAGAGGCCUUGAUGUUUAGCGUGGGCCUGUGGAUGCAGAAGAACUGAUUUUUUUAUCGUUACUGAAAUGUGAAUUUAAUCUGUAGAGCCAAAACUGUUGAUCACUCUUGCCUAAUCAUUAUGAGUGCUGUUUGUAGAACUAUUGUUUAAGCAUGCAAAAUGUAUAUAAUGUUAUAUUUAGCGAGCUUUCAGACCCCUCUAGUGACUUUUUCAAAAAAGCGACUAGCAACAAAUCUAGUGGCUUUUUCUGGUGUUAAAUGGAGACUUUUGGAGACUGACG